ACCAAAAUGUUUGCAAAAGUCUUGCUGAAAACAUUCAUGCUGAUAGCUUGUGGCGGGCUUGUGACAGCAGCAUCUCCGAUAAACGCUACACGGGAUUCCUGUGUGCACAAAUCGUACCGGGUGUACAACAACGUCGGAGUGACUUUCAUGGAAGCCUGGAGACGUUGCCAGUGGAACGGGCACCGGUUGGCCACCGUGAGUUCCGAAGCGGACAGUAAGCUGUUGGAAGCUGCGAUCGGGGCCUCAAGUGUUAAAACAGGGCCCUGGUGGAUUGCCGGAACUGAUCAGGGCAGCGAGGGAAAUUUCAUUUGGAUUUCAACUAACAUUCCGGUAGGAUUUGGAACCGGGUAUGAAAAUUUCUACCCAGACCAGCCUGACAAUGCCGGAGGAGCCGAGGAUUGCAUGGAGAUUGGACGCUGGGGUGGAGUUCGCUGGAAUGAUGCACCUUGUGGGUGGAAGCAGCGUUACAUUUGUGAACAAGUGAGACCUUGUUAAAAGUGAAAAUU